AAACGGCAAAAAGGUACCUCAAGCCUUGAAGGGAUCCUUUUCAUUUAGGACCCGUGUCUUCUCUUAAGUAAUUGAUCACCGCGCACCCGGGGACACCCAAUUCACAGCCGAGUGGGAUCAGCCUUCAUGAAUAAUCAAAACGCCGUGGCCGCGCUGCUGCGGGAGUGCGAGCGAGCCCUGGACGCGCUCCUGUCGGCAAAGGCCGGCACGGGCGAGGAGGACGAGCGGGAAUACCGGCGGUGCCAAGCUCUGCUUCCUGAGGACUUGAGGACCCUUCUGGAGGAGGCAAAGGAAAUGAAGUGGCCCUUUGUGCCGGAGAAGUGGCAAUACAAACAAGACCUCGGCCCAGAAGACAAAACAAACCUGCAAGAUAUGAUCAGUGCGAGGCUCCCUGACUUACUGGUUUAUCUGAAGGCCUCCAUCGUGGUCAGGGACUGCGCCACGGCCAGCGCUGUCGUGUUCCUGAUUGACCGGUUCCUGUACUGGAUCGACGCCUCCGGCAAACUCCUGCGGAUCGCCAAGGGCCUGCACCGGCUGCAUCCCAGCGCUCCCAUCAGCCCGCAGGUGCUCAUCCGCCAGGCUCGCCUCGCCGUUAACACAGGUAAACUUUUAAAAGCUGAAUAUAUCCUAAGCAGCCUGAUUAAUGACAAUGGAGCAACAGGUACCUGGAGAUAUGCUGAGGGAAGCGAUCGGAUUCUCGUUCAGGCAGUCUGCUUGCAGAUCAGGGGGCAGAUCCUGCAAAAGCUUGGCAUGUGGUAUGAGGCAGCAGAGUUGAUUUGGGCUUCGCUCGUGGGAUACUUCAAACUUCCUCAGCCAGAUAAGAAGGGAAUUGCCACUUCCUUGGGUUUUAUGGCAGACAUCUUUGCUUCCAUGAAUGAGCAGGAUUAUGCACGUUUUAAGACCAAUGCUGACAUAGACUUGAGCUUCCUCCAGGAGUCCGGCCAUCGCUUGUUAUCCGCUGCUGAGGCCUGCAAGCUGGCAGCAGCCUACAGCCAGUACACCCCCCUGUUUGUCCUCACGGCCGUGAACAUCCGUGGGAUGUGUUUGCUGUCCUACAGUCACUCCAAGGACUGUCCCCCGGAAAAGAGAGAGUUCUACUUGUCUGAAGCCAAAGAAUCCUUCGAGAUCGGGCUCCUCACCAAGGAUGACCAGAGUCCCAUCACCAGCAAGCAGGAGCUCCACAGUUUUAUCAAAGCUGCCUUCUGCCUCGCCACCGUGCACCGGUGGCUCCAUGGGGAGAGCAGGGAGCUCCGUGAGGUGGGUCAGCUGUGCAGGGAAGCCUUGGGAAAACUGCAUUCGUACAGCAUUUCGUUCCCAGAAGAGGAGGAGAAAGGAAAGCUUGCCAAGGAGAUCAUGUCCCUGAUCACAUCCGUGAAGAAGCGCCUGCGAGCAGUUGUCUGA